AUGGAUAUCAAUCAUAAUCACUUAGAGGACAUAGAACAACCUGUAUAUUAUUACAUUCGAUUGCCUUGGGAUACAAUUCUCGACAGCACAGUGUACAACAAAUUUGUCCAUCUCAACGAAGGAGUCCCAAUAGGUCCCUACGAUCCUCUUGUCCAGAAGAUCAAAGUCCCUGUCGCGACACCCAUCGACAUCUCUCCUCUCGUCCCCUAUCUCAAUCUGAGGAAUCCUCUAGACGAGAUCGAGGAGAUCAACGACGACCUAAUUAUCGAAACAGAAGGGAAGAGCAUACUCUGGAUCAAGGAAAUGGCUGGGAGACCAAGCAAGCAGAACGUAGAGUUUACGAGCCAGCUUCGCAACUGGAACAUCAACGAGAACACCAAUGAGGACAUCCAAGGACCUCCACUUCAACAUAUCAUCGGACACGUCUUUGAUGGACAGAGCGCGUAUCGGUUCGUGAUCAAUGGUGUAUCUGUCAAGAGAAACCCAGACGCUGCAUUCAUGACCAACGCCAGGUGGGUCCUCGUACCAAAUGCAAUGAAGGACACCAGGGCCAACACUACAGUCCCUGACUUUAUUGUUGAAGUUCGCUCAUUUGGUUCUGGAGAGAACAAUCAGUGGGACUACCAACACAGAAAGAUGUGCCGCUGGAUGGCAACUCUCAACAUUCAAGCACAGUCUGGCAUCCUGUUUGAUAGACGAGGUGGUCGCGUCUGUCUGUAUUGCCGCAACGACCUCCCCAAUCUCCCGGCUCAAGUGGCAGCUCAGCAGGCCAAUACCAACAAUCAGCUCCUUCAGGUCCAACAGAGCAUCCAGGUUCGCCAACAACGAUUGGCCAACCCAGCAGGCUUACUACCAGAUGACAUUGCGGAUAUUCAGAGUGCCCUCCAGGCCAAGCAACAACAACUUCAACGUCUCCAAUGGCAACAGGUAUACUUCCAGGGUCUCGCACCAGUUGGCCAAUUAGUGUACAAGGGUAUCCAAGAGAACUACCCCAAUGUGUCCUUUAUCCAGAUACCUCUCAACCUUGCCAACAACGCUCAACAUGGACCCAACAUUAUUAUUCAUUGUAUUGGAGCGGUCAACGGCUUGCGAUUCGAUCUAUCAACAAUCCCACUUGACUAA